UUAACUUUGCUCUCAUUCUCCUCCAUCACCAAUUGCUUCUCACCAUGGGAAAGAAAAAACAAGAGAUGUCACAGGUAUAUGCUAAUAGCAAUAAUGAAUUCAUUUUUGGAGAGAAUGGAGGUCGUGGGAAACAUCUAAGUUCAUUUUUAAAAAAUCUCUCGUUGACUGGAUCUUCAAGACAGACAAGUGGAUCGAGCUUAACUGGUCCUGGUGCAGAAUCUGAUGCAGAUAUUAGUAGUAGUAUAUAUGGAAACUUGGGAUACAGUGCAGACCUCUCUGGUGCUACUGGCGGACGGGCAUCGCCAAGCAGAGACAGGAAAACUUCAUAUUCCCCAACAAGAUCGUUUCGAUCAGUAUCUGGACCAGUAGGUGCGGGCUAUUCUCAUGCAGAAUCGACUGAGCGUGCUGGUGGAGGCUCCCCAUUUUCUUCUAAUGACCGGCGAUCUGCCAGUCAUAGUCGUAGAAGUAUGAAAUAUACUGAUUUGGAUGAUGACUGGGAUGCUGAAUUGGAUGGGUUAAAUGAACGAGAAAAACCGCAAAAGACAACUCCCAAACUUCAACUGGCUCCGUCAUUACCCCCAAUGGUAGACUCACUAUAUCCAGAUCUUACAAUGGCAUUUUCUCCCCAACAGCAACUUUCGAAAGAAUCAUCGAUUGAACCCAACAAUACAACAAUCUCUAAUACGUCUGGAGUCACGACCAAUAAAUCAGAUAACUUCAAUUCUUACAACACAAGUACUGUUUCAAGUUCAAAGCAUCUCAAGUUUAAAAAAAUAAUGGAGCCUUCGUCAAUAAAUAUCCAAGAUCUUCGGAAAUUAUCGUGGAAUGGAAUUCCAAGUGAACUUCGAGCCAUAACUUGGCAGAUUUUGCUUGGAUAUCUUCCAACCAAUAAGUCACGUCAAGAAUCUACCCUUAACAGGAAACGUCAAGAGUAUUUGGAUGGGGUUGAUAACAUCCGUGAAAUAGAUUUUAAUGAAACAUCUAGUGGUGGGUCUAAUACCCCUUCAACAUCCAAUUCAUCUUCUCAACAAUUAUAUCAUCAAAUUAAUAUUGACGUGAAGCGCACUCAUCCAAAAAUUAAACUUUACUCAUAUGCUGCAACCCAAAAAUCACUCCGUAGAAUUCUUUAUCUUUGGUCAAUCCGUCAUCCAGCAAGUGGGUACGUACAAGGUAUUAAUGACUUGUGUACGCCAUUUUAUCAGAUCUUUUUAGGUCAUUAUCUUUGGCAAGUCCAAAGGGCCAAAAUUUCAUCUGCAUCAGAUGUUAAAAGGAAAGAGGAGGAACAGAACAACUCUCAUCUACUUGUCCCUGGUCUUUUUGGCGAUCCCCUGGAUAGCUUCGAAAAAGAUCUUCUACAACUGAAUGAUAUACUUCAGCUUGAUGUAAUGCUGUUUGAUCCAGGAAGACUUUCAGCUCGAGUUUGUAACGCUAUAGAGGCAGACACUUACUGGUGUCUUUCUCGUCUAUUGGAGAAUAUCACUGAUAACUAUAUCCAUCAACAACCAGGGAUCAUUCGUCAAGUGAAUGAACUUAAUACUCUUAUUGCAAAGAUUGAUGUUGAACUUCUUGCUCAUUUCCAAAGUGAAGGAAUCGAGUUUAUGCAAUUCUCAUUCCGUUGGAUGAAUUGUCUAUUAAUGAGAGAAUUAUCAAUGCCAUUAAUAACUCGUAUGUGGGAUACCUAUCUUAGUGAAAGCCCAUUAGGUUUCAACGACUUCCACGUGUACGUUUGUGCAGCAUUCCUAAUCAAAUUUAGUGAUGAAUUGAAGCAUAAGGAUUUCCAAGAAAUUCUCCUCUUCUUACAAAACCCCCCUACGCAACUGUGGCUGGAAUCAGACGUUGAACUAAUGUUGAGUGAAGCUUUCAUAUGGCAAAGUUUAUAUAAAAAUGCAACUGCCCAUUUGAGAUAGCUACUAUGAUAUAAAAAUCGGUAUAGAUAAUUAAUAAAAAAAAAUUC